AUGUCUGGAGCCUUUGCUGGACGAGCGUUGAAGCACGGCAUGGACGCAGUGAGCCGCUGUAGCAGACCGCAGUUCCAGAGACUACGGACACAGAAGCCGGCGUUCAAGCCAGCGGUCAGGAGCUUUACCGCGAGCACGAGAGCGUGGGAGAAGAAGUAUACCGAAGACCACGAAUGGAUCGAGCUCUCCUCUGACGGCAAGACUGGCACCAUCGGCAUAUCGACCUACGCAGCCAAAGCCUUGGGCGAUGUCGUCUUCGUGGAACUCCCAACCCUCGACCUCGAAGUCAGCGCAGGCGACUCCAUCGGUGCCGUGGAAUCAGUCAAGUCCGCCUCGGACAUCAUGACCCCCGUCUCAGGCAAGAUCGUUGAGGCGAACAGCGUGCUCGAAGAUACUCCAGGGAAGAUCAACAAGAGCCCAGAGGGUGACGGGUGGUUGGCGAAGAUUGAGAUGAGCGAUGCGAAGGAGGUGGAGAAGUUGAUGGACGCUGAUGGGUAUCGGAAGUUUACUGAGGAGGCGGAUGGGCAUUGA